AAGGCAUGUUUCUGUCUGUAUGACAAGUAGGUUCCCACGCCGUUCCUCAAAUAAAGUUCUGGUAUUUUUUCCUUUAAAUGGGUAGUGUUUCAUGUUGAGUCCAUGCCAGUGACCUGGAGUUCAUCAAUUCUAUUUUUAGAGCAGGCUGUGCUACCAGCUACCAGUCAUAGCAGUUGAUCCUAUUGAAAUACUGGUAGUCAGUGGCCUUUUGGUGUUUACACUGGGAUAGAAACUGCAUGCUGCCACUGACAUCCACUACUACCAUUGUUUUUAUACUGCAAGAAAAGCAAGGGAUGUUAACAUUGUAAACUCCCAGUCUCUCCCAGAUCUUCCCAUGCUGAUAUCCUUGGGACAGCAGUUGGCAGCAUGGAGGAAUAGACAUGGGACAUUCAGAAGGAAAUGGCUUUUAAUUUAUCCAGAUUACACUACAAAGACCUGAACGUGGCACAGCUCUGAAGGAUUGAAAACGUUCAUGGAAAGUGCUUUAUUCAGCUAAGGAUAUUGCUGUUUUGUUCAUGGGCCUUCCUUUGCCAAAGCUGUGGUGAUACGUGGCAAGGAAACAUGGCAAACAACUCUUAUGGCGGGGAAAAGAGCCCCCCAGACCAGGACUACCAGGAGCAGGAGUUUGGUUGUACGCUGCAAGAACUGCGCUCACUCAUGGAACUGCGUGGGGCUGAAGGACUACAAAAAAUACAGGAAUCAUACGGUGGCAUCCAUGGACUCUGUUCCAAACUGAAAUCAUCUCCUGUAGAAGGGUUGACUGGCUACCCUGCAGAAACUGAGAAGAGGAAAGCAGAAUUUGGGCAGAACCAUAUACCACCAAAACAGUCAAAAUCCUUUCUUCAAUUAGUGUGGGAAGCAUUGCAAGAUGUGACUCUCAUUAUUCUGGAAGUGGCAGCCAUCAUUUCCUUAGGCCUUUCUUUUUAUAGACCUCCAGAUGCAGAGAAAGACUACUGUAGCAAAGGGGCUGGAAGUGUGGAUGAAGAGGACAAGGCAGAAGCAGGCUGGAUUGAGGGAGUGGCCAUCCUGCUAUCCGUCAUCUGUGUGGUGCUGGUGACAGCCUUUAAUGAUUGGAGCAAGGAAAAGCAGUUCCGGGGCCUACAAAACCGCAUCGUACAGGAGCAAAAGUUUUCUGUCGUACGAAGGGGUCAAGUUAUCCAGAUACCUGUAGCAGAGUUGGUUGUUGGGGACAUCGCACAAAUCAAAUAUGGUGACCUCUUACCCACAGAUGGCAUCCUUGUUCAAGGCAAUGAUCUUAAACUUGACGAGAGUGCCCUCACAGGGGAGUCUGACCUUGUAAAAAAAACACUGGAUAAGGACCCCAUGCUGUUGGCAGGUACCCAUGUCAUGGAGGGCUCUGGUAAGAUGUUGAUCACCGCUGUUGGUAUAAACUCCCAGACAGGAAUUAUCUUCACUUUGCUGGGUACUGGAGAGGAUGAGGAUAAUAACAAAAGAGCAAAGAAGGAGCAAAAGAGGAAGAAAAAAGAGGAGAAAAGGAAAGAAAACGGGAAAAAGGAGAAAGAAAACAAAGAAUUGGAUGAAUCUGCUGAAAACCACAAAAAAGAUAAAGCUCUAGAUGGUGUAAUGAUAGAGAUGCAGACCCUCAAUGCCCAAGAAGUAGGUGAUGGUGAGGUCAAAAAGAAAGUUAGUAUGUCAAAAAAAGAGAAGUCUGUUCUUCAGGGGAAGCUCACUAAAUUGGCAGUUGAAAUCGGCAAAGCAGGCUUGGUCAUGUCUGCCAUGACAGUCAUUAUCCUGGUGGUCCUCUUUGUGGUUGAGACUUUUUGGGUCCAAGACCGAUCCUGGGUCAAGGAUUGCACUCCCAUUUACAUCCAGUUCUUCGUCAAGUUCUUCAUCAUUGGCGUCACUGUGUUGGUUGUAGCUGUGCCUGAAGGCCUUCCAUUGGCUGUCACCAUCUCUCUGGCCUACUCUGUCAAAAAAAUGAUGAAGGAUAACAACCUGGUGAGACACCUUGAUGCCUGUGAAACCAUGGGCAAUGCAACAGCUAUUUGCUCUGACAAAACGGGAACUUUGACCUUGAACAGGAUGACUGUUGUUCAGGUUUACAUUGCAGACACAUACUAUAGGCGUGUCCCUAACCCUAAACACAUCCCAAGGAACAUCAUGGACCUUCUCAUUCAGGGCAUUGCGGUCAACUGUGCAUAUACUACCAAAAUUCUGUGUCCAGACAAAGAGGGAGGACUGCCACAGCAAGUGGGGAACAAGACUGAGUGUGCCUUGCUGGGCUUUGCCCUAGCUCUGCAGAAGGACUAUGAAGCAAUCCGUUACGAGAUCCCUGAGGAGAAGUUCUAUAAAGUAUAUACCUUCAACUCCAUUAGAAAAUCAAUGAGCACUGUUUUGAAGAACGCCGAUGGAAGUUUCCGCAUGUUCAGCAAAGGAGCCUCUGAGAUCCUCCUCAAGAAAUGCAAUAAAAUCUUGUUGUCAAAUGGCGAGUGCAGAGAGUUCCCACAGAGGGCUCGCAAUGACCUUGUGAAGAUGGUAAUUGAGCCUAUGGCAUCAGAGGGCUUGAGAACCAUCUGCCUGGCCUACAGGGACUUUCCCCUGACUGAUGGAGAGCCUGAGUGGGACAAUGAGGCGGAUAUCCUCAGAUGCCUCACUUGCUUGUGUGUGGUAGGCAUUGAGGACCCAGUCAGGCCAGAGGUCCCAGAUGCCAUCAGGAAAUGUCAGCGUGCUGGAAUCACAGUGCGAAUGGUGACAGGGGACAAUAUCAACACAGCCAUAGCCAUAGCCACUAAGUGUGGUAUCAUUCAGCCUGGGCACAACUUCCUGUGUCUGGAGGGAAAGGAGUUCAACAAGCUUAUACGCAAUGAAAAGGGCGAGAUUGAACAGGAGCUCAUUGAUAAGGUCUGGCCAAAGCUUCGGGUGCUAGCCAGAUCGUCCCCAACUGACAAACACACUCUAGUAAAAGGAAUAAUUGACAGCACUGUAACGCAGCAGCGGCAGGUGGUUGCAGUGACAGGAGAUGGAACUAAUGAUGGUCCUGCCUUGAAGAAGGCUGAUGUGGGGUUCGCCAUGGGCAUUGCUGGCACUGACGUAGCAAAAGAGGCUUCAGACAUCAUCUUGACGGACGAUAACUUCACCAGCAUUGUGAAAGCAGUCAUGUGGGGGAGGAACGUGUAUGACUGCAUUUCCAAGUUCCUGCAGUUCCAGCUGACAGUCAAUGUUGUGGCUGUGGUUGUAGCCUUCACUGGAGCCUGCAUCACUCAGGACUCUCCCCUGAAAGCUGUGCAGAUGUUGUGGGUUAACCUGAUCAUGGAUACCUUUGCCUCCCUGGCCCUGGCCACAGAGCCGCCCACUGAGUCACUGCUCCUCAGAAAACCAUAUGGCCGCAACAAACCGCUCAUCUCCCGAACCAUGAUGAAGAACAUUCUGGGCCAUGCAGUCUACCAGCUCACAGUUGUCUUUACCCUACUGUUUGCUGGUGAGCGGUUGUUCGACAUUGACAGCGGCAGGAGUGCCCCGCUGCAUGCCCCCCCCUCCGAACACUACACCAUAGUAUUCAACACCUUUGUCAUGAUGCAGCUGUUCAAUGAGAUCAAUGCUCGCAAGAUCCAUGGUGAGCACAACGUGUUUGCUGGCAUCUUCAGCAAUGCCAUCUUCUGCUCCAUCGUGCUGGGCACGUUCAUCAUCCAGAUUGUGAUCGUUCAGUUUGGAGGGAAGCCAUUUAGCUGUGUAAGUCUCAGCUUUGACCAAUGGCUGUGGUGCAUCUUCCUGGGGGUGGGAUGUCUGCUCUGGGGUCAGAUUGUCUCCUCCAUUCCUACAAGUUGGCUUACGUUUCUGAAGCCAGCAGGCCACGGCACUCAGAUGCAAGACGAUGAUGACAUGGAUGACCUGGAUGAGAUCGACUACAUAGAAAGGGAGCUACGACGCGGUCAGAUCCUCUGGUUCAGAGGCCUUAACCGGAUCCAGACUCAGAUGGACAUUAUCAAUGCUUUCCAGAGUGGAACGUCCUUUCAGGGAUCUCAACGGUGCCAGCUGUCCAGCACCAUCUGUCCAGUGCCAGCUAAACCAAAUAGCAUGCGAGUGGUCAAUGCCUUCCAGGACUCACUCACCCCCUAUGAAGGUCUGGAAAAGCCCCAGUCUCUCACCUCCAUCCACAACUUCAUGACUCCCCCAGAGUUUUGGAUGGAGGACUCCCAGCCCCAUGUCCCCUUGAUUGAUGACACGGAUGCAGAGGAUCAUCUCCCCACCAAACACCACUCCAAAGCCUGUGCCCUCCCCUCACUUAACAAAAAUAAUAAUGCUGUGGAUAGUGGUGUCCAUCUGUUUCUGGAGAGCAACAAGUCAAGGCCCUCAGCCCCAGAAAUUCCCUUCCCUGGAGACCACUGUGUGAUUGGUUCCCCAAACCCUGGGUGUCUGAGCUGUGAGAACUUGAACAUGGAUAAAAAGAAAAGAUGCCCAAAGUAAAGCAAAAAAAAGGGAAAUAUCCAUCUUGCUCCUGGACUGUGUUCUGUGAAGCUAUUCAUCUGGACGACUGUAGUUGGACUUGUACUUCUUCUAUAAUGGCUGAUACAGUAAUACAUAAUUCAAGAUAGCAGUUGUUAACAAGGUUUUUAGGUACUUUAUGCUUAAAUUUAUAGCUAAGAGGUUCCAGGAGAGGAAGAUGCUGAACAAAAUAAAGGGGGAGCAUAGCUCAUAUUUUGUAUUGCUGUUUUAUAAAGGGCUUGUAAAAGCAGAAUUGUCUUGCCCUUUUUUCUAGUUACAUAUACUGUUAAAUGUAUCCAAGUAUCAAAAGGGUGAUGGUACUAAUAAACAAGGGCCACAGACACAAUUACAGUGGUAUUGCUCUGCUUUGACAACAGCUCGGAGUUUGCUUUGAGAAUUAAGAAUGCUUCUCAUACUUUGAUUCCUUGGAGAUGAAUGAGUGGAGGUAAUGGCCAGUGAUAGUAGGGUUCUCUUAAACUGAGUAACGUGCACAAAGUAUAUGACGGAACCCCUAUCACAAAGGUUUAACUGGUUGGAGGCACUGCCCUGGUUAUCAGAAGUGCUACUUGAAAUGAAAUGGUUCACUGUCCAUCUUCUAGUAUUUACUGAGCAUGUCUAAGGACUGUACUGAAAAUUAAAAGAAGACAUCAGCAGAUUUGGUGUCAUUAUGCA